UCCGGCCCGGAAAUGUCUGUGUUUGUUAUGGUUUGUGAAACCCGCCCACUGCCAGUUUACCCAACUGUAUUUCGGCACCCCGGGUUGCCAGUUGGCAGAAAACAGCGUAUUUCAUUCAUCGGCACGUGCGCUCGUUCCUGUUGGUGACGUUAAUCUGGCAACCUGCGUGUGCGUCAAGUCUGAGGAGGAGGGGCCUGGUGAAAAAAACCAUCUCCAAUAUUUUGAAUUUGGACUGCAAUACCUAGUUCAACCGCUAGGUGUCAAUCCUACAUACAGCACCUUUAACAUCCUCGAGCCAAAUCGCAUUGAACUUGCAUUUACCCAUUUUGUUCUCCUCUUUCUUUCGCACGCACUGCACAGGACAGUACGACGUAAUACGCUGCCGUAAAUGCCGCAAAUGAUCACAUGAGCACGCAGAUCUACAAAGAAUAAUAAAUCCUAACGCUAAUUAGUUUUAAUUUUGUAAACUUUUUAGAUAUGUCUAAGACAAAAUGCCAUCUAAAAUUUAAGACUUAGCAUAAGUAAAAAUAAGACAUUUUAAGACUUUUUAUGACCUUAAAUUUACAAAAUCAAAUUUAAUACUUUUUAAGACUUUUUAAGGACCCACGGGAACCCUGCAAUUGAUCGUUUUUCACCCAUAGACACCUCUCUGGUUUUCAUGUUGGUUACACGUCUAACUAAAUAUAAAUGCAGUCUGCACGGAUCUGAAACUGAGCGCAGACAUUCAGUGCUAUUUAUUGUUUGAAUAAUCAAUUAAUAGGACACACCAGGGCAACAAAACACACCUGUCAGUCACAUGUUCCAAUACUUUUGGUAACAUGAAAAAUGUCUGGGUUCAAACAAAAGGUGAUAUCUUGUAAAUUGUGUAUCAGAUCCAGAUGAAAAUACCUGUAAAUAAAAGCUGAAAUGUUAAUCUCAUAUUCAUCUUUUGAUGUCAAACCCAAAUGUUUUCAGUCUACAGCAAAAAUAAAGGAAUUGGCCUCACUGUUCCAAUACUUUUGGAGGGCACUGUAUUUGGAUUUCCUAUAAUUACUUCCUAGUAUUUAAUAAAUACAUUCAUAACUAUUGAAGACUAAGAGUGUAUGGGUAUUAUAUUACCCUAAGGCUCAGUGGAUCUCCCCUGUGUGUAAUUUGCUUGAAAGCCCCCUCCCACCCCCGUUUAUCUGAACAAUGACUGUGCAGGACUGCAGGUUUAUUUAAAAUCAUGUGAUAUUCUGGAAAAAAGAGCCGCUAUCUGACGUCACCAUAACCUUCCCAUCCAUUCUGAUUGGAUUGCUUGCAUCCUGCAUAAUAAUGUAUCAUUCUUUAUAAAUAGUGAAUGCAGUGACAAAAGAAUAUAGCAAAGAAAUUCAAGGAAACAAGACAUAACUGCGAUACAGAAAACUUCAGCUUGCUGUUUGGAAGUCAGCUCCCUAAGAUUCAUCUUCUACAAUGGCGAACAAUAACAGAGAGAAGAUCAGCUCAGUGUCUGACCAAACUGAUGCACAACAUGCACAAAUCAACAGCAGAUCACGUUAUGAUGCCACUCUAACAAAAGCAGGUCCUCCAGCACUUUACCAACUGAACACAGAAAGAAAAUAUUUUGAUGGGAUGGAUAGAAAGGUCAGACGAUGGACAUAUGGAAGAAGAGACAGAAACAAGCAGAACAAAGUCAUGCUGAUGAUGGGAGAAACCGGCGCUGGGAAAACCACCCUCAUCAACACCAUGAUCAACCACUUACUGGGAGUGAAGUUUGAGGAUCAAGAGUUUUAUCAAAUCACAGAAGAAGAAAAACAUGAAGAUCAAUCACAGUCCCAGACGUCAGAGAUCACUGUUUAUGAGGUGUUUGUUGAAGAAAACCCAACAUCUCUGACCAUCAUUGACACUCCAGGAUACGCAGACACUGAAGGAUACGAGAAAGAUGGACAGAUUGCUGAGUAUCUGAGCAGAUUAUUUUCAGAUGAGGAUGGGAUUCAUUAUAUUGAUGCAGUGUGUUUUGUGAUGAAGGCGUCUCAGAAUCGACUCUCUGGAAAAGAGUUUUACAUAAUUCACUCAGUUCUGUCUCUGUUUGGUAGAGAUAUAGAGAACAACAUUGUGUUUCUAUUCACGCAGUCAGACGGAGGACCUCCAACAGACGCUCUCAAUGCCAUUAAGAAAGCAGAAAUACCCUGCAGAAGAGAUGAAGACAAUCAACAUGUUUACUUCUUGUUCAACAACCGACAGAAAGAGAAAAGAGACAAACGUUAUGUGCGAGUUUUGAAAUCAGCCUGGGAAAUGGGAGAAGACAGCAUGACUGAAUUCUUCACACUCCUGGAAGAAAAGAACAGAAAAAGUGUUCAGAUGACAUUAGAUGUUCUGAAAGAGCGAAGACGACUUGAGGCCUGUGUCUCUAAUCUGAUGGAGCGAAUCUCUGAGAAGGAGUUAAAAACUAAAGAACUGACUCAGAUUCAGGAAGCCCUCAGACAGAACAGAGACAAGAUUGAGAAGUGUGAGAACUUUCUGUUUCCAGUCGAGAUAGUUUUCAAAGAAAAAGUCCCCAUAAGUCCUGUAAGAGUGUGGUCAUGGUGGUAUUUGUGGCAAUUGAACAAUAUGGCAACCAGCUGCUCUGUCUGUCAGGAAACCUGUCAUAAUGAGCAUGGUUGCUGGUGGGUGCCUUUCGAUAAAGUUAACUUGUGUGAAGUCAUGAAAAACGGCAAAUGCACUGUGUGUUCUGGAAAGUGUAGUUUCCGCAAACACAAAAAAGAGAACAAAAAAUAUGUGACGACGACAAAGACAGUCAAUAUGACAUUUAAAGAGCUUGAACAGAAGUAUAAAAACAGUGGUGAAAAACCUAAAAUCACCAAUCACACAAAUAAAUAUGAAGAUACCAAACAGGAACGUGAAAGUAACAUGAAAGAGUCUGAGAUUAAACAAGAAAUAGAAGAAAAACUGAACAGCGAUCUGGAGAAUAAUAGAAAAGGAAAGUCUGACUUGCUGCAUGAAGUUUAUAUGACCAUCAUGAAUCUGUCUGAGAUCGCAUUAAAAGCAGACAGCGCUUCCACUCUUCAGCAUCUGGAUUUCUUGAUUCCCAGACUGAAGGAGGAGGGAAAAGAUGAAUGGAUAAGGAACCUGGAGGAUCUGAGAAAAGCUGGAGAAGAGCCGAAAAAUAAGAAGGCUUUAGAUCUUGUGAUGGAUUUCACUGGGAAAAAAUUUAACCAGUUAAUGAGUUUUGUAACUAGUAAAAAAGAAUGAAUUCAACAAAUCCAAACAAUACAAGAUAGAAAAAGCAGAACUGAUGCUGAUUCAUCAAUGAAAAUAAUUCACUUAAAAAUGAUUUGAUAAAGUUCCAUUGUGAAAUUACAGAAUAUAUUUAAUCUAUUCAGAAAAAUUGUGAAUUAGCUUACUAUUCAUUACUUUUUAAUCAUUUUAAUCACUUUUUAAUCAACAUGUUUUAAUCAUUUAAGUGGUACAUUUAAUUGACACAAACGUUUUGAAACAGUAUAAACAAGUGUCUUGGUGAAUAUUGUUUAAUGAUUUAAUUUUUGGUCUUUUCAGACUGCAUAUACUGUUUUCUUGGAUGAUAAAUUGCUUGUGAUGUUCUUCAUUUUUGAAGUCACUUUAAUAAAAGCAUCUGCUUAAUGAUUAAAUGUAAUAUAGUUCUGGAUCUUGUGCCUCUAGCAAAAUAGUUUCAUCUUAUUAAAACGUACUGUUUGACCCCAAAUGUUUAUUUUUAUGUAUUUCUUACAUCUUUCAUGUGUUUUAAUUCAGUUAUUUCUGAGGUUGCAUCUUUUUUUCUUGGAAUGAUAUUAUUAAGAAUAAUUAGCUAUAAUGCAACAAAUCACAUGAACAUCAGAUUCACUGUCUGAUGUAUAAUGUCAAAAAAACAAGUCAAAUUGUAUUUAUAGAGCACAUUUAACACAACAGAUGUUGACCCAAAGUGUUUUUUAACAUUUUGAACAUUACAACUGUUCUUUAACCAAGCAAAGUGUUACCAAGUCAUGAGCACAGAAAACUGACCGCAUCAAUUCAUAGAUUACGCAAUAUAAUCAACUGAAAACGUUUGUCUCAUGAAGGAUGGGUAUUGUUAAAUAAUGAUGUUAUCAGUGAAAAUUAUCAAUACUCUUAUUGAUACAACUCCCCAUAAUUUGGUGCAAAAAAAUAAAGAAAUGAUAAAAAGAUAUGAAACAAUUCAGUAGAUACUUCAUUAUUACUUAUUUGCAGAAAUAAGUUAAAUUGUUUCCUGAGUGUCCUGUAUGAGGUACCUGCUACAAAUAUCUGGUGCUGAUGUGCUUUAAUACUGCUUCACUAUCAGAAGAUAAACCUAAACAAUAUUACAAUCACCAAAGAACCAUAGUUCUUGAGCUUCUCGGAAAAUAAAAAGAAAAUAACAUUCAUAAAGAGUAAAGAUAUGUAAAAUGAACAAUAUAGAGAUUUCUAGCAUCACUCCUGUAUAAUUUGGCCCACCCCAAAACACAUAAACAGUUUUUGUUUAGGAAAAUGAGCGUGUUGAUUUUCUCUGGAGAAUCUGUGAUCUGUGAUUACUGACUGUGGAGAAGACUCUUUCAGACAGCGCUGAGGAGGCAGAGAUAGGUGCUGGACGGCUGUGAGAGAAGAGGAAGAGUGUGGUUCUUACCCCAGCA